AUGGCCCCAAUAGAGGUUCUUGACCUACCACAGGUGUGGCAGCAGCCUGCUUACGACGCCCUCGUAAGCACACUUGAGUCUCUGGAGCUGAGCCCGCCCAUCUGGAAGCACACACGCAGGCGCUCGGAAAUUCUCCACGAGCAGGAGAGCCUGGCUUCCCAGAAAAAAGGAGAGGUCACGCGUUACUUGUCCUCCAUCAUUAAAAGCCCGCUGGAUUGGUUAGCUGAUGACGAUCAGCGCGACCUGGUCUGGUCGUAUGCCAGUAAAAGGAUGACUGAGCGCUGUGGACGCACGGCGAUGGGCGAGGUGGUGAGGCAAUGGCCGUUCAACGAAAGAGACGGAGACGACGCAUUCAAAUUGGUCAUCCGCGAGCCGGCGUUGACGGGUGAUUCGCUGGGCUUCAAGACCUGGGGGUCAUCCUACGUUCUCGCGCGGCACUUGCCACGACUAGAAAUGUCUUCAUUGUCAAAAUUGUUUGAAGGUCCUUCAAGAGAGCGCGUUCUGGAGCUUGGUUCAGGGACUGGACUGCUUGGAAUUGCUGCUGCCGCGUUCUGGGGCGCUCCUGUUCUCCUCACUGACCUCCCCAAUAUAGUAACAAAUUUACGCGCAAACGCAGAGAGCAACACACCCGUUGUCACGGGCAGAGGCGGGUCUCUCACCGUCGGUCCUCUCACCUGGGGAGGGUCGGGCAAUGAGGAGGUCGAUCAAGAUCUCUUUGGCGAGCCCGGCCAGUUCAAGGUCUGCUUCUCCCCGUGA